GUCUUCUGGGCAGCGGGGCUGACCAUGCUCAUCAUCGGCCUCUGGGCCAAGGUGUCUCUGGGGAGCUAUCUAGUGCUGUCGGCCAACGACUACCCCAGCGCCCCCGCCGUCCUCUUGACCACCGGCGCCGCCGUCAUCAUCUGGGGCUUCCUGGGCUGCUUCGGCGCCGCCACGGAGCACCGGGGCCUCCUGCGCGCCUACAGCGCCUUCCUGACCGCUGUGCUGGCGGCCGGGCUGACGGCAGGGCUCUCGGCGCUCCUCUACCGCCAGAACGUUGCGCAGGGUUUCCGGGAAGGGCUGCGCCAGGCCCUGCUCGCCUACGGAGAGGAUGAGGGGAUGGCGGAUGCCCUGGACGCUUUGCAGCGUGCCUUGUCCUGCUGUGGUGUGGAGAGCUACCGCGACUGGCUCACUUCGCCCUGGGGGCUGGAGCAAAACGGCUCGGUGCCCCUCAGCUGCUGCCGGGCCCGCCGGGGUUGCCAGUGCAGCCCGCCCAACGCACACGGGCUGCACCACGACGGUUGCUUCAGCAAGGUGUCGGCCUUUGUCAGCAGCAACAUGUUUUAUGUUGCCACGGCUGCCCUGGGGCUGGCACUGCUGCAGCUCAUCGGCAUUGUGCUGGCCUGCCUGCUAGCUGCCCGCAUCCCUGCCCACCUGCUGGGCAUCAGCACCUCUUGCUGA